GCCACGGAACAUACGCUAUCCCGAUUUUGCUUGUUAAAUAAAAAAACUUAAAAAAAAUGAGUUCUAAAACAGUUUUUGUAUUUGCAAUGGUGCUGAUAAUGGUUGCAACGACUCCUCUGCAGUCCAGAGGACCUGGUUUCCAAGGUUCUCGGUAUAAUCUGACAGAGGUGUCAGUGAUCUCCCUGGAGGAAUCCUGCGUGCGGCAGGGUGGUAUCUGCAUGCGGGUAGAGGACUGUGCCCCCGAGAAUGUGGUGGGAGUUCAAGUCGUCCUUUGCCCAAACCAACAUCACAAGGGCGUCGUGUGCUGCUAUAGUUGAAAACCAUCGCCCGAUUUCGCGUACUUACCGACUAAGCCUUUAAUUUAAAUAAAAACUUAAUUAGUCAUAAGAUAGCCAGCCAUGUUAAGAUUGCAGUAUUUAUUUAAGAAUC